UGGAAAAGUAACCGGUGCGUUGGAGAUUGGAAGUUUGGAGAUCAAAUAUUAUUACGAAACUUCUUUUAACGCUAGCUCGUCUGCUCUCAUUAAUUGACCAAUCAGCUUCGGAGGUUGUUUACAACUUUAGUUCUCUUUGCUGAACGGAGCGACCAUUACAUAUUACGUGUCUACAAAAUGUGAUAAUUAGGCAAGGAUAUGUCACCUGAUUUGAAUUAAAUUGAGGGGAAGUUAACUCAAGUUUUCGAGGAUUAUAAUGCCGCAAAUUUGGUGAGAUUGCGAUGUAUUUUAUCGUAGAAAACUCCAAUCGAAAGUCAAGGCCAUUUUUUGGAUGACGAUAAUAUGAAAAGAUGACCCUAUCAGUACAACACUUGCUAGAACAACCGUAUGGACUAGCUAGAAAGCUUGCUGAAUUUAUAACAAUACGAUGAAGGAAAAAUCUACAGUUAUAUAAUGGUAUGAAAAAGUGCUCCAAGUGUCAAAAUGAAGCACAGAGACGAUCUGGUAGACAGACAUUCAUUACAAAACAUACGAGAGUUGUUCAAAAAAUAUGAACACUGUCCCUAACCAUAACAUACAAAACAGUAAACGAUGUAGAUUUUGUAAUCCAUUGUAAACAAUGUAGUGACCCUAGGAUACCUACACUUUCUAUAAAAACCAUAACCAUUGACCUUUAUACUGAUACAUUUCAAAACUACAAAAUGCUUGCCCUGAGUUGGAAGGUGUGGCUCUGUGCAUUCACUGGUUGUAUUUUGAUGAUGACAAGUUCAAUCAAAGCUUCCGGCACAAAGGAACAUAUUUGUUCGACAAUUGAUGUACGCAACAGUCCACAAAACCUAAUCCAACUGGAAAACUGUACCGUGAUAGAGGGCUCUCUCUCGAUAAAUCUUGUAAAUAUAUUUAAAACAAAAAAAAUAAGUUAUGAGCGUUAUUCAUUUCCACAUUUAAUAGAGAUUACUGAUUACUUAUUUCUCUACAGAGUUGAAGGAUUGACAACAUUAAGAAACCUUUUCCCAAAUUUGAGGGUAAUUGGUGGAAGACAUCUCUUUUUCAACUUUGCCUUGGUGGUAUAUGAGAUGGAAGAAUUAAAAGAACUAGGACUGAAAAGUCUGCAAGUAAUAUCACGAGGGAGUGUCAUUAUGGAUAAGAACCAUAAUUUGUGUUAUUUGGAUACGGUUGAUUGGGAUCGGAUAGUUAUCAAUCCAGUUGGUACAAAUUCAGUGUUCUUUUAUAAGAAUAAAGACGUCAAUGAAUGCAUCAACGCUUGUCCGAAGACCUGUCCAAUAAUUGAGAAGGAAAUAGAAGAAGAAAAGGUAACGCAGCGAAUCUGUUGGACCAACCAGGACUGCCAAAUAACUUGUCCAUCCUCUUGUGGCACGCAGGGUUGCUUUUAUGAUAGUAAUACGAAUAGGAAGACAUGCUGUUCAAAAGAUUGUCGUGGCGGCUGUACUGGUCCAUUGGCAAGACAGUGUAAAGCAUGUGUCAAGUUUAUCCAUCAAGGCGUAUGUGUCCCUCGCUGUCCACCCCACACUUUGAUUUAUAGAGAUAGACGCUGCAUAUCAAAAGAGGAGUGUAAGGAUCCUUACCUGAGAGGUCAUGACAAGAAGAGGAACUUUAAAAUCUUCAAAAAUGAAAAGGAAGAGGGCUUGUGUCUUCCGGAAUGUCCAAGUGGCUAUAUGGACGAUCCCAAGGACUCGCACAAGUGUGUGGCUUGCAAGUCAUCUUGCCCAAAAGUUUGCCAAGCUUCGUGGAUAACCAGUGUGUCUUCUGCAGAGAAACUGAAAGGCUGUACCAUCAUCAAUGGAUCUUUAGAACUCCAGAUUACAAGUGAAGGAGGAGGAAGUAUGGGCUCGGAACUUGAAAAGAGUCUUGGAAAAAUUGAGAGAGUGACGCACUACGUCAAAAUUAUACGCUCCUAUGCUCUGAUGUCUCUCAGCUUCUUGAAGAGCUUGAAACAAAUAGAUGGUGUCAGUCUAGAAAAUGAAGAAAAUGGGUACGCACUUUACCUGCUUGACAAUGAGAAUCUACAAGAGAUUUGGGAUAUUGAGACACAUCCAAAACUAGAAAUCAAGCAUGGCAAAGUCUUCUUCCAUUCCAAUCGAAAACUUUGCCAUAGUAAGAUAUUAACAUUCCUGAAUGACUCUGUUAUAAUGGACCCUAGAGUAAAGAAGAGCCACGACACCAACGACAUCUCGGAUAAAUCCAACGGCGAUCAGAACACAUGUUCUGUCACUCAGCUGAUAGUGAAUGUAUCAAGAGUUGCGAACUCAACAGCCAUCUUGGAGUGGAAUGCCUUUGAUCCCCCUGACUCAAGGGAACUACUGAGUUAUGGGGUAUUUUAUAGAGAAGCGCCAUUUAAGAAUAUAUCAAGGUACAGUGGGAGAGAUGCCUGUGGAUCAGAGGUUUGGAAUAUCAAAGACCAGGAAGUGACACAGGGUAACAAUAUUGUGUUCCUCCUUGUUGAGCUGAAGCCCUGGACUCAGUACGCCCUCUAUGUGAAGACAUACUCAAUCCGAUCAGCAACAAAUGGCGCUAUUAGUGACAUCAUUUACUUCACAACUAAACCUGAUACGCCCUCCUCUCCCCAAAAUCUCGAUGUCCACAGCCGACAGAGAGAGUUGAAACUAACUUGGGAGAAGCCAGAGAGACCUAAUGGCAAUGUGACGACGUACAAGAUCUACUAUGUUAAGAGGAGGAUUAACAAAGCUGAAUAUGACCUCAGAAAUUACUGUGAGAAUAAACUGCGGCCAACAAAGCCUGAUCAAGAUGAUGAGGAAGUCAUUGAGGGAGAAGAGACAAACAAGACCAUGAUAGAUGAGAACUGCUGUUCUUGUGAGCCUGAUGAGAAAACGGAAAAACGUGACAAAGCAGAUGAAGAUCGUGCGAUGCGGAUAAAUCUGGAGAAUUACAUACAUGAUCAAGUCUACAAGCCACGGCCUGACUCAGAAUUGAUAGGCGAUGGAUUUGAGGACCUCCAACCAAGACCAGAGGAUCCAAAUGAGGGAAUAAUGAAACGAUCAGCCCUUAUGAGAAAUGUUCCAUCAAAUGCUCACAAAGCACAAGCAAGCAGAGAAAGACGAUCUCCUCCAAGAGUACUUGAUGCUCCUUUGCCAAGGACAAGAGAUACAAGAGCUCUAGAUGCGGCUUUGGCAGACCUUGCUAUGAACGAGGACCAACCAGAAGUGAACUACACAGUUGGGGAGAGAAAUGGAACAGAUGUUAAUGUCACAGAGGAUGAGGAAGAAGAAGAUGAAGAAAUUCAUUUAUCAGCAGAGGUCCAUAACAAGGAGGAGGUCUACUUAACCAACCUAGAGGCCUUCACUGAAUACAAUAUACAGGUAAUGGCAUGUCACGAUUAUGAUGUGGAGGAGAGACGCCAGCUGUGUAGUCACCGUGCUAUAAUAACAGGAAGGACUCUUCCAUCAGCCACUGGUGAUUUGAUUGAAGUAUCCAAUGUUACAUAUGACAAUGUGUCUACUGGCGAGGUGAAAAUAAAGUGGCUUGACCCUGUAGCUCCAAAUGGUCUGAUCGUCACAUAUGACGUUCGCUACAAAAAAGCAGAUAUCCGGGAAGAGAUCAAAUGUAUACCACACAAGGUAUAUCGGAAAAUGAAUGGAACUAUACUGAGUGGCUUGAAUCCUGGAAACUGGUCAUUCCAAAUCCGUGCAUCCUCCCUUGCAGGCUUCGGCAACUGGACACCCAUGUUUUAUGUGCAUGUCAAAGAUAGGGGUGGUGGUACCACAUAUAUGGCUGAGGGCAUAAUUGCAGCCAUAGUAGCCAGCGUUGCUGUGUUCAUAGUUGUGGUUAUCCUGGGGAGUGUCUGGUACAUUGCCAAGCGUCGCUUCAAUAAUAACAUUCCUGAUGGGAUCCUUUAUGCCUCUGUCAAUCCUGAGUAUAUGAGUGCCCAAGAUGUUUAUGUCCCUGAUGAAUGGGAAGUGCUAAGAGAAAAGAUUAACAUCACUCGUGAGCUGGGCCAGGGGUCAUUUGGUAUGGUAUAUGAGGGUGUUGCCAAAGAUAUUGUGCCUGGCCAGGGCAGUGUAAAAGUAGCAAUUAAGACUGUAAAUGAGAAUGCUACUAUAAGAGACCGUGUGGAGUUCUUAAAUGAGGCUUCAGUGAUGAAAGCAUUCAACUGUAACCAUGUAGUCAGGUUGUUAGGUGUCGUCUCCAAGGGGCAGCCAACUCUAGUCAUAAUGGAAUUGAUGGGCAAGGGAGACUUAAAAAAUUAUUUAAGAAUGCAUCGUCCAGAUGCCGAGGAUAACAUAGGCAAUCCUCCACCAUCAUUAAAAAGAAUUCUACAAAUGGCGAUUGAAAUCGCAGAUGGCAUGGGAUAUCUAGCCGCCAAAAAAUAUGUACAUCGAGAUCUCGCAGCUAGAAACUGCAUGGUCUCUGAGAAUCUCGUGGUCAAAAUUGGAGAUUUUGGUAUGACGCGAGAUAUUUAUGAAACAGAUUAUUACCGUAAAGGAGGUAAAGGGCUAUUACCAGUCAGGUGGAUGGCCCCAGAGUCUUUAUAUGAUGGAAAAUUUACAAAUAUGUCCGAUGUUUGGUCAUAUGGUGUUGUGCUAUGGGAGAUGGCUACCUUAGCUGCCCAGCCCUAUCAAGGCCUGGCCAAUGAAGAGGUCCUAAAGUUUGUUAUAGAUGGGCACGUAAUGGAACCCCCUGAUGGCUGCCCCAGGAAACUUUAUGACAUAAUGUCCAUGUGCUGGAGAUUUUCAGCGAAAAGUCGACCAACAUUUUUAGACUUAAUAGAAAUCCUACUACCAGAUGUAGAUGAAAGUUUCCAAAAGACGUCGUACUAUUAUAGCGAAGAAAACAGCGAUUAUCUAAAUAAUCCACGCAUUAGAAACGAUGACGUUAAUGUCAGUAUGAGUAGUUUUGAUGAUGUGGACAAAUCUGGAGAAGAUGAAGACAUUGGGGAUGAACUUGGUACCCCAAGGACACAUAGCGCUGGAGAUCUUGAUGUAGAAAUUCACACAAAGGGAGAGGGAGCUCCACUGAGGGGUUCUAAUCCACAUAAAACAAACCCAUAUACGAACUCUCCAAAGCGUCGUAGUAACCCUGGUACUCCCAAGUUCAUGAAUGGGGGCCAUGGCAGUGACUCAAAUGAAUCAAGGGGAGAUAGUAAUUCUAGCGCAGCUGAGCGUAUCCCUCUACAUGAGACCAGUAGUUUCAGUAGCAGUGCAGUGGACUCAAAUGAAGGGAGCAAAGAGAGCAGUAAGAGUGACAGCAGUAACUGCUCAGGGCGGAACGGCCUUGUGAACGGUCAUGCAACACUUUACUAUCCGCAGUCGACCAAUUGCUAAUGAGGCUAUUAUAAGUUGUAAAGCUGUGGUCAAAUUAUAAAGCAGUAUUAUGGCACAGAGGAAGAACUACACUAAACGUGCAUAGUUUUCUAUAUCCACCAAAAACCUGCCACCAAGGAAUAGGUGGCGCCUCACGAGCAUGGGGCUGUGGCCUAGUGACUCCCCCUAGUGAGGUUGAGCGAACUACUACAGCAAGCAUAUGUGUAGACUGGGUUUAACCAAUCCCAGGGCACUUCCAAUGCAAAUGUCACACAAACUGUACGCAAUGCACUUAAAA